CAUCGAUUGGAGACCAGUGUCUUCUGGCCCGUGGCUUACAUAGGUACUAUACCUGCACCGCACCGCUGAGGUUACCUCGUUACCCUCCUCCUUAGCUUGAAGCGCUUGCCGACAUCGCGGGUUGACCAUCGAUUCGCCCUACAUAACUCUCUGUCGCUGUCCGUCGACGUCUCACAGUCGACCUUCCUCCUGGUUCGGCUUCUUUCACUGUGACCACGCGGGUUAUACCACAAGUCACAUGUUCAAUCCAUCAUAAAUCUACCCGGUUCAGCGCAUCCUCCAGCGCAGCGUAGCGAUAUUGAGGAUACAAAGAUCGGCACUGCCGGCCGCCGCCAAAGAAAAAAAGAAAGAAAAAAACAAAAACCAAAAAGAAAAAAGAAGAACCAACAAAUAGUGGCUUCAAGCCGCCAUUGAUAUAUACCCCUCGCCUGUGUCACCCCGAGACCCAUAGGGGAUAUCUCAACCACCAUGACUGCCAACAUGGAUAACCUACACUAUCAUGUGCGGGAACACGACCGCCACGAUGAAAUGCGCCAAAAGACCGGCUCUCGGGUUGAGAGCUUCUUCUCCACCAACAAUGUCAAGGACAGGCCAAACUCAGUAUACACCGAAUUCAUGGAGUCAGACUGGGAGAUGGAGGAGGACGAUAUCUACAGCGAUAUGGAGGAUCUGGCUCAUGAUGACGAGAUCUCACCUCGCAACAGCAUCGGUUCAUCAAAGUCGGGCGGUCAACCAAGCUUCACAACAAUGUCUUCCUACGAUGAGGUCCAAACACCAAGAUCGGUGCGCCAAAGAGGAGGGUUCCCGUUCCCGUUUGAGGAGAUGAAGCAAGUGGAAGGUCCUAGGGGACCUCAUCUUUUUCGCAGCUCCAUGUCCCUGCAUUCCGUCGAAUAUCAAAACGCCUUAUCCCUAUCGCCGAUUACGGAACGGAAGGCCCAAGAACAUGACCACUUUCUGCAACAUACCGUUCAUCUUACGACCCUUCCAACUAGGAGCAAGCGCGACUCCGGGCCCUUCCGAUUCACCGAUGUCGAACUCGACCCACGAACCCUUCCAGAAUGGACUCCUGAAAUGGUUGCCCAAUGGAUGUUCAACGCUGGUGUUGAGCUUAAUACCUGUGAGAGAUUUGUGGAGAACGAUAUCACAGGGUCCAUCUUAAUCACCCUAAAGUUUGAGGAUCUGAAAGAGCUUGGAAUCACCUCGUUUGGGAUGCGAACAAGGGUCUGGCAUGAAAUCCACUCCAUGAGGAACAUCCAGAAGCCGGACCCUCAGCCCGAAACUCCGAUUGAGGAUGAGCCAGACCGCAAGGUUGAGAGAGAGCUGCGGAGAAACGAAAGCGUGAAUAAGCCCAAGAGGAAGGCGAGCAAAGUGAGGCCAAAGAUCAAUGAUGUGAUUUCUCCUCUCGAGUCAGUCUCCAUUGUAGGCAUUGAGCAGCUCAUGCCCAAGCCUCACAGCUGCUCCAAAGGUGAGAACUGCGCCAAGUGGAAGCGGAAUCAAAAGAUGAUUGAGGCGUUCAAGAAGGACCACCCAUUUGUCAAUAUUGACGAAGGCGGUAUCAUUAUGGUUGCGGGAAAUCCCGGGAACCCGCAGACGGCUGAGGCUAUCGACCCCUUUCGUCCUGUCUCGGACGCCAUCCCGUCGGUUGUGGCAUCCUCAGACGUUAUGGGACCUGGAGAUCAACCAACUCUACAGUAUCUCCAGGAAGCCACUCUGCGAAAUGUCAUGUCGCGGGAUCCCCAAGACAACGUUCGCCAAUUUCUUGACUUCCAGAACCACCAUGCGGUCGGCUCGAGCGAGGUUCCCCCAACACCGCCGUUCGAGCUAUAUCCCCAGCAGCAAGCUCAAGGUCCUCAUGCGAGAUUACGUGCUCUUCCUAAGCUGGCCAUCCCUAAUGAGGGGGGCGCUGUUGCUGGACCUGUCUCUGCUCGUGCAACCUCUGCUCGUCGUCAGUCGCAGGUAAUCCCUUCGUUUCGUGAGAUGAGCGAUCAAUCUGCUUCUUCUGAAGAAGCGACUCCGGUUGGCGUAUACCGCUUCGGUACACCCUUCUCUGAGAUGGAUGUUCCGGUCACCAUGACCUCCAUCCCCAUCAUCUCUCGAGAUGUUUCCCAGUCGGUUCCGCCUGAUAUGAAUUACCGCCACAAUCCUGCCCCUCCUACGCGAUCUAUGUCUCGAGCCACUAUCCGUCGGCCCUCCUUCCCUGUCAUGCCUGCGCUGGAUGAGAACUCCAUCGUCACACCCCUCACUGCCGUGCAACCGCAGAACAAGUCUUUCUCUCGGAGAGCCACCAUCCAGACCCAGCGCCCUCUGCAGCCCCCUCCCCGUGUGCAAUACCCAUGGAGCCAGACCAACCGUACCACCUUUGAGCGCGCCAUCGCUCCCAUGCCUGGCUCUUCGGCAGUCAUUGCCCCAAGCAAGAGUGCCGGCACCAGCCCUACCGAAAGCCAUGGAGUCAGCAACAACCCCAGCAGCGGAAGCCGUCUUUCUCCCACCACCACCCAGCCCACGGAAGACAUGACAAAUGGCGAAGCAGUUUCCUACCAAGGCCUCAUGAAGAAGCGCAAAACCAAGAUGCUCCGCCACGAGUGGCACGAGCACUACUUCAAGCUCCGUGGCACCCGCCUGACCAUGCACAAGGACGCGGCCACGGCCAACAACAAGACGCUCGAGUACAUUGACAUUGAUGACUACGCCAUUGCUUGCAGCAGCAACGCCAACACCUCCAAGCUCAACGCCGCCUUCAAGGCCAUGCACAUCCGCCGCGGCUCCGGCGACGCCCAAUCCAAGGAGGACAUUGCCGCCUUCAGCUUCCAGUUGAUUCCCCAGGACGGUAAGGCUGCCGUCAAAGGGCAGUUGCGCAAGCGGGAGAACAGCGUCCCUGGCCCAUCGUCGUCGUCCGCCGCAUCGGCUAGCGGGGGCGCUAUCCACGGCGCCGUUAACGGCACCGGAAAGAUGCACCACUUUGCUGUUAAAAGCAGAGACGAGCGCAUUGACUGGAUGAGGGAGUUGAUGCUGGCCAAGGCGCUCAAGCAGAAGGGCGAGGGCGCCGAGGUUGUUGUCAAUGGCAGCAUGAUUUGAAUGCUUUCUUUCUUUGUAUUUCUCUGUUCUCAA